CAUUCACUUGCUGCGUUCUGAUGCCUCUUUGGGAGCCUGAGUGUUCAGCUCGUGCCGCAGUCGCUCUCCCUGUGCCGCUGGAGAAAGACGGACGCAUUUCUUGAUGUUGCAUUAAUGUAGGUGUUAUUCUAGUUAUAUAGUAUGUAAAUCGCCUCAUGACGAAGACAGCAGAACUGCCGUUGAAUACGUGAGACUUGCACCGCAUGUUGUCCACUCUUGGAAAACUACCCACAAUCAGUUGGGCCCACUUAGCAUUAUCCCUUUUGCAUGUAUAUACAAGUCGUAGAAUCAAGGGCACUUUGGGUUUGGCCUUUGCAGCAGCUUUGCUGGUUUCCAGGCAAAUAAUCCCGAUGUACAGAUUGCGCUUCAGUGCAAUCCGAGGGGUUUUGUUUGCCAACUGCUGCCCAUUUGACAGGCUUUCAAGGAUUAUAGGACAUUAUAGGUGUGCGACGGGAGAAGCUGUAGCAAUUUGGCAGCCGGGAUGAUGGCAGGAACAGGACUCUUGGCUUCAAAACUCGGAUCUCUGACUCCAUCGUGCAAACUGGAGGAACAGUUUGAUCUGGAUGAACCACUGCCUGACUUUCCGGAAUGUAAAGCCCCACUGUUGAGCUGUGAAUCGAAUCGCGAUGGUGGUGAUGAUGGUGAGACCUACAUUGGCAUGGUUUUGACAGAUUAUGCCCAGCCAGAUUUGAAGUCGCCACGACCUUCAUAUUUGUGCUGGCAAAUGCCCGAGGACAUGUCAUCAGGCAUUCCAGUUGCGCCCAACCGCUUGCUCCACGAGAUCCUGAUCUGACUUUUUGAAUCUAUAUUUUUUUCCUAUGUUGUUACAUUUGCAAUAUGUAACAGUCCUGCUUUGUCACUUACAUUACAUCCCACAGUCUCGCAACCAUAAACAAAGACUUGCAUCGGCUGAGGGCUAAGAAGCACAAGUUCAACGAGUUUGUAAAAGCGAUUUGUGCCAAGCCACGCAAAUUUCAGAAGGAUGUCGAGCAAUACCGGAAGGUCAUGUAUGUCCAAGAAGGGCCAGGUCGUCAGAUCUCAGCACCUUAAAGGACGCGCGAUUUAGUGGUGCCCCCUCUAUCUCUCUCAAUCAGC